AUGACCGUCGUCACCUUUGCAUAUAUUGCGAUGUCAGCAUCUCUAACGCUCAUGGUGCCAUACUACCAGGUGCACCCUACGGCCGCUUUCUCAGACGCAUUUGCACUUAGAGGUUCCAGUCUGGCCAAAUUUGCAGUAUCAGUCGGAGCACUUUGUGGGAUGAUGACUAGUCUGGUUGGAGGUAUGUUCGCAUUGCCUCGGUGUGUAUUUGCAAUGGCUGAAGAUGGUCUAUUGUUCGAUUCAUUAUCCCAUGUGAAUGGCAAGACCCAGGUGCCAAUAAACGCGGUGCUCGUGUUCGGCUCGAUGACAGCAAUUAUUGCAUUACUGUUCGACAUCACAACGCUGGUUGAAUUUCUUUCUAUAGGCACCCUUCUUGCCUAUUCAAUCGUCUCAGCUUGCGUGAUUAUACUUCGCUACCAACCAGCUCGUUAUCAAGAAGAUGGCGGAUUCGAUAAUGGUAGGCUUGAAGUCUUCAAUUAG